GAGGGUAAAAAGUUAUUUCCGCGUUCUAGUUCUGGGCUCGGAGGCACAUACAAACUAAACAUCUGGACUCGGGUUGUAUGCUGUAUUCUAAGACCUUCCUUUCUCAGAAACAAACACUCGCAGUGAUCGUCUGAAACGAAUUGAAAGGUUUCGAUGGACAAGGUGGAGCAGGAGGUGGAGAAGGUGAAGAAGGAGUGGGACGACACCUACAACAAUGUCGUAGAGCAAAUCAAGGCGAUCGAGAACUACGGUAAGUCGGAGACUCAAAACAAGGACUCUCUGCCCAGAUUGAAGGGGCUCGCACAAGACGGCUUGGCGUUGCUCAAUUCUCUGCAGUUCAAGCUCGAUCUGUUCGCUCCUCAAUUGCCGACUGACGAUCAGGUCCAAUCCGCCAAGGCCUUGCUCGACUCCUGGAAAAACCGAUCCCACAGUUUGAGGUUGAGUAUGAGGAAUGCGAAUUUACAAGCGAAUGAUAAUAUUAGGAAAGCUGCUCAGAAAGAGAGGGAACUUCUGUUGGGAGGUGGAGGAGAGUCCACAGCUCGCAGGCGAAACUUGCAGACAAAGGCUGGCAUGACAUCUGCUGUAGAAAGCAUCACAGAUAGCCUUAGGCGGACUCGUCAACUAAUGGUUCAGGAGGUGGAAAGAAGCGCUGGCACACUCAUGACUUUUGAGGAAUCUACUGGAGUACUGAGGAAGGCUGAGACUGAAUACAAAGGACACCGUAGUCUGUUAAUGCGUACCAGAAACCUACUAUCCACAAUGCAACGCCAAGAUGUCAUUGACAGGGUGAUCAUUGCAGUUGGAGUUUUCCUGUUUACAUGUGCUGUUCUUUAUGUUGUUUCGAAGCGCAUUGGUAUACUGUAUUUACAGAGGAAGGUCACAGCUGCUUUCAAGGCCGGUAUGGUUGGUAAAGAGCUCCGGCCUGGAGCUGUUGGCAACGGUGUAAAUCAUGCCCCAGUCUAUGACAAUGCACUUCGUAAAGCCGAGGAACCUUUGGAGAGAUUAAUGCACGAUGAACUAUGACAUUUUAGAAAGAUUGUUAUCCUUAGUUUUGUCCAUGGUUUGUUCUUUCCAGUUCACAUUAACAGAGCUAGCCUCUACCACAUAGGUUUCAGGAGCAGCUUUGUCAAACAUGUACACCUUGUUUCAUAUUGGAAAUGAAGGAUAUCAUGCAUAUGAAACAUAUAUGAUUCACUCCCUAACCAGGA